AUGGGAGGGAAUAAUGCACAGGAGCAGUCCGUACUCAGCUCUCAGGGGAGCUACACUGCAACCGACCUGUCACGCAGGACAGAUCACACCAGCUUCUCUAUUCCCGAAGACGGUCGUCCAAUUACUAUUCAAACGAACCGAAGAAGAAAAAAGGAUGCUGAUGCAAGCACCACGUUGAGCGGAACCAACACUUCGCUGCUGAUAGAGUAUUUCGAAAAUGGCAAGCCGAAUGGCGGAUCCCCCAACCGUCGUCCGAGCGUUCGGGUCAAAGUAACCCCAUCGGCUCAAAGGCGCCACCAAGUUAAAUCUUCUUCUGACGGGAAUGGUCUACAUAUCUCGGACGCUGGCACCAGUCCUCGAAGACCAUCCCAUACCCAAAGAAUAUCGCUGUCGCCGCACAUAGGAGAGGACAGAUUAGUUAUGGGUGAUAACCGGUCAACUUCUGGAGACCAUUCAUCGAUCACAUCGUAUAAUUCUGCCGAUCAACCAUACGUUAGCAUCACUCGAGAAGCAGCUAGCCCUGAAUCUGUCAAUAGCUCUCCUAGGGACAAAAGUGAAUCUUACAAUCGUCGUGCCGCUCGACGGAAUAGGUCUGCGUCAAGGAGCAAACAACCCGAAGGCUACUUUGAGAAGGAUUCAAUCAAGUCGCAGAAAGGAGUAAGGAGUAGGAGUAUGAGUAGGGAGUACGAUAUCCAGGAAGAAGCUGGGCUUAAAGCACCGAAAUUAGGCCGCAGAAGGAGCAGAAGCCUUAGUCGGGAACGCAUAUCGAAUCGGGAAUCAAUAGCUCUAAGCCAACACGAGAAGCAAUCAAUCGAGCAGAGUGUGAUGGAAGGAUUUGAAAAGUUGGGCAAAGGACGUAAUGCUAAAUCACGAAAAGGAUCGCAAAGCCGGGGUGGGAGCACCAUGGCUGGUGACUACCUAACGGCGCCUCGUGCGAGAAGCCGUAGCCGGAGUCGUGAUCGAGAAGUUGAUGACAUCACAGCUGAGAAAAAUCGACAACGCCGUAAAGCGUCUCAAAUGGAGGAGUCCCAAUUGCAAAGAACCGCUUCAAUCAAUAACCCGGCGCUUCUUGAUCUUGUAGAAGAUGCCAUAAAACGACUCAUCCUCCCACAACUCAAUGAAAUCAAGACCAAUAAUAAUCAAACGAAGCUUUCAAAGUUCGACCCAACGGUUGCAUCGGCCCUGCUUGAACGCCAGGGUAGUAAGAGGCUCGACAAGAGUUUAAGCAUGCCUAACGUUGCACAGCCGAUGGUAGUUCUAACUCCAGACAUGGAAAAAGGAAAUGGCCAGGGUAUGGUAAUCGCUGGCGGUGCUGAUUCUCAAGUUUCAGAGAACAACCGAGAGUCCGAAAUGUCGUAUCCUAAAGCGCCAGGCCUUGGACUUGGCCCUCCUCAAUCCCCGAUCCUGUCCGAGGCCGGAGAGGGAGUAUCGCUUGUGGGUGCGAUUCCUAACGGCGAGAGACUUGAGAUGCCAGAUGGACCAAAUAGGCUAGAUACUCCCGAGACAUACGCGGAAACCAGGGCAUCUAUUCUAUCAGCAAGAUCAGGCCUCCCAUAUCCAAAAGAGAACGGGAUGACUACUGGGCAUACACCUCCGCCACCAGAUUCAGAGUUUCCGGUGUUUAGUGAGCUGAAUUUACCGCACCGAGCAUCGAGAAGCAACCUAUCGGAGCGCGAUGGCACUGAUAGUAAAUCAUUAGCUAACAAGCGUUCACAUCUCAAUAUUAAUAGCAACGGUUAUGAUAACGAUGGUGUGAGUUCAGUUUCUUCCGGACGUAGCAUCGGAGAAGGCGAGCGAGCGCUAUCGAUUGCCUCUCUCAGUUCAACACAGAGCACCAAGUUGGCGAAGCAGCGAAGGGGCCAGUACAAAGGCAAAGGAAAAGAGAACGCGGACAUGUCAAAUAUUCACGAAAACGAGUACUGGAACGGAGAUGUUUCCAAGAGGAAUGGUGCAGUAGACGCAUACUUUGCAAAAGUACGGGAGGAAGCGCAGGAGAAUGCGCUCAUGGAUGCUAGAAUUCAGGACAUGGAGAAAGACGGCCAGCGAGUUUUCAUGUUGGGGGGCAAUCCCUCGAUGAGAUCCACACCGGUUGUCCCACAUUCUCACCAAGCGUCUGUACUCGAUGCCCCAUCCAACCAUGGCAUGUCCGACGUGUCUUAUAGAACAGGCUCUGCCCCUGCACUGGGUCCAAGUGCUCUACCUAGGGCUGGUGAUAAUGUGCCAGAGACUCAUAUGAAUCUGGGAGAGGACGACGAAGAGAUCAAUACCAAUCCCUCUAUAAUCCAAGGACCCAUUGGUCAUGGUCCAGAUGAUUGGCAAUUCAACCCUGCCAAUGAUCAUCAAUACAAUGAUGAAGAAUCCAACGGAAUGCCGCCAUCUCUCCGGUCACUGUCACCAGCGAUUCAGACAAAAGAUGAAGGUUAUAUUUCUGCUGCUAAUCCUGGUAUGCAAUCACCAGGUCCUAUGACGCCUAUUCAGCAAAUGGGGAGCCCAUCUAUGGGCAUGGGAGCUAUCCGUGGUAUUGGUCUUGAAGAUGAUGAUUACUAUGGUGGACACAGAAGAAUGGGUAGUGGCAAUUCCCAUGGCAUGCCAUCACCAUUAUAUGACAGUGCAACUGGAAGAGGGGUUGAUAGGAUUCAGUCAAAAGAUAUUGUUGCACUAAUGGAUCACCUUACUGUCCGUGAUGCUCAGCGUAAUGCUCGAGACACCGAGAUUCUAGUUACGUUGGUACGGAGUGCUGCGGAAAUGAGGAACUCAUUCGAGGAUAUGAAGAAGCAACUUGAGAGUCAGCAAAGGACUAUUGUUGACGAAGUAGGAAUAAAUACCGAGAGAAGCGUGCAGAAGGUUAUACAGGGCCCCCGACCAUUGCCACCUUCGGCGCCUCGUGUCCCUAGAUAUAGACCUGAGGAAGAGGACGAUGAGGGUCCGGCGAAGAAACGCAAUGUUUUUAGAAGAGCGCUCAAGGGACUGAGUAUGAAGAGCUCUAACGAUCUUCAAAGAAUAGAAGAGAUGCUUUGCACCUUGUUGACUGAGGUCGAGGGUUUGAAGGGUGGCCAAGAGUUUUAUCAGCAAAGUUUGGGACAGAGUCAAAGUUUGGGUACAUUUGAUGCUUUCAAGAGCCCCGGUAAUACAGAAACUGCAGGAACUGAGACUGGUGGGCCCGCGAAUUCUUCAGGUGCAAAUUCGGGCUAUUACAGCGGCGUUCCUAGCCAGCCCAGCGCCAGCAACAGGAUUUAUCAAGAUGAGCGACCGCGGCAGUCAAAUCGAAUCACGCCUAUUGAAGAAGACGCUGUGCUUCGAACUCCGCCACGUGAGGCCCCGCAAGAAGUCCCCCGUGAGGUUAGAGGUGGCUCGUUACCUCUUAAUACGCCUCCCGAGACAAGGGCGCCUCCGGCUGUUUUCAGUAACGAUAAUACCCCAACAAAGUCGGCGGAAAAAAGUAAGCGUGAAUCUGGUACUUCCUCCAUUUUUCCUAAAAUCUCACGAUGGUCAGAAACUACGACUUCCACCGCCGUCAGAGGGUUUCUGAAAAAAGGAAAGAACCACGCAGCCGGUGAGGCUUCAGACGGUUCCCGAUCAGAUAUCAACUUUUGGGAGCCCCCUGUUAAGAGCACCCAGGCCGAGCCUCUUUCACCAUACUCGGAAGGGCAGCAAACGGAGAAAGCCAUGUCGCCCGUUCCCCCUUCUUCAAGGGGCACAGAUGCUCCAAUCAACCACUCCAACCGCAGAUCCUUGGAAGUGCAUGCUCCACAACCCCGGAUGCCCUACAACCACCAACUUGAGGCGCAAGCUCAGCAGCUUAUGGCUUCAGGAAUCGUCCCCAAUUCUCCGAAUGCUAAUGCGUCGGUAUCGAGUUUGGGAACAUUCCCACCUCUAGGUCCUGGAGGAUUUUCCGAUGGAAAGCUGAUGUCUCCUUUAGCACAGGAUGCUUACAAUCAACAUCUACAACAGCAGGGGCUACUAAUAAAAACCCCCAUGAAUGGUGGACCACCGCGACCACCAAAGGAGCCAGUCACUCCCGCCGCUACUGUCGAGGAUAGCGAAUAUCCCUCAUCAGAAAAGAGAAAAUCUAGACACAGGGAUGAAAAUGGCGAAAAGAUUAGGAAACCCAAGAAGGAGAGGACUGAGGAAGAAAAGCAGAGGCGUAAGGAAAGAAAGGAGAGAAAAGAACGCGAGAGAGAAGCAGGCGCUUCCUCAUCUGCCUCAAGGAAGAAGUCUCGUGAUUUGCUAUCACCCGAGCAAGAAGGAGGACUCGGAUCACCAUUUUCAGCACGUUCCCCAUCAACAGCAUCUAGGUUGCAAGGACCUCGGCCAUUGUCGAGUAACAGUAACAAAGAGAACGCUAGAAGACACAGGCAUCAAUCCUCCCAAGGUACCGCAGGUGAGCCCCAGCUCCCCAAUCUUGAAAGCAAUCAAUAUUGA